AUGGACGCUCGCAAGAAGAAGAGAAAGGUGCUGCUGAUGGGCAAGAGCGGCUCGGGCAAGUCGUCUAUGCGCUCGAUCAUCUUCAGCAAUUAUGUCGCCAAGGAUGUUCGCCGGCUCGGUGCGACAAUCGACGUAGAGCACAGCCAUGUCAAGUUCAUGGGGAACCUGACCCUCAACCUAUGGGAUUGUGGAGGGCAAGAUGCCUUUAUGGAAACUUAUCUCGCUUCUCAACGAGGCAAUAUUUUCUCCGACGUCGCCGUUUUGAUCUACGUGUUCGACAUUGAAUCGCGAGAGGUCGACCGUGACCUGGACACAUACAACGCCGUCAUCGAAGCUCUGCGGGAAUUCAGUCCCAACGCCUAUGUCUUCUGUCUUGUGCACAAGAUGGACUUGAUUCAAGCUGAACAUCGUCAGCGCAUUUACGAGGAGCGCUCGGCAUUGAUCCGCUCGCGCUCGGAACACUUUCGCGUGGACACUUUUGGAAGUAGUAUUUGGGAUCAGUCGCUCUACAAAGCCUGGGCCGGGAUCGUCCACAAGCUUAUCCCCAACUUGACGGUCAUCGAGCGCUUUCUGAGCGCGUUUGCCAAGAAGAUCGAUGCCGAAGAGGUAAUUCUCUUCGAACGAUCAACCUUCCUCACUGUCACAUCAGUAUCUUCCGAAAUUGGAGAUCUGAAUCCCAUUUACGAUCGACACGAGCGACUCUCCAACAUCAUGAAAGCCUUCAAACAUUGCGCCGCGCGCAACACACUCACCACCCCUGCCUCCGCCGGAUUUGUCGUAAUGCACACCAAAACCCCGCAAUUCAAUAUCUUUUUGGGGCGGUUCACGGACAACACAUAUAUCUUUCUUGUCGUUCCCCCUGGCGAAGCAGCAUACAAUUGUGCGGUGCUGAACACCAUGCUCGCGCGCGAAGGGUUUUCGAAGGCAGCCGCCUCGGGCCGUUCAGAUGGGUUCCCACUGCCACCACCGGAAACGCCCGAGGAUGGGACAUCGAAUGGAGUGAACUUUGGCUUUUGA